AUGCCCCCUGCGCAGGCCCAGAUCAAAGGGAAAUGGGACUGUAGGAGGCACUCCCAGCCCUGGCAGGCCGUGGUGUACCGUGAGAACAGCGUGUACUGCGGGGGCGUCCUGGUGCACCCCCAGUGGGUGCUCACGGCCGCUCACUGCCUGCUCAAAGAAUAUAAUGUCUGGCUGGGACGCCAGACCCUCUUCCCGCUUGAAAAUACAGUUCAGUAUUUCAAGGUGUCCCACUCCUUCCCACACCCCCAAUUCAACCUGAGCCUCCUGAAGAACCCCCGCUACACGGGCCCCGACUACAGCCACGACCUGCUGCUGCUCCGCCUGCCCAAGCCGGCCCAGCUCACCCACUCUGUGCGGGUGCUGCAGCUGCGCAGGCACGAGCCCCGCACGGGCAGCACCCGCUCCACCAGCUGGGGCAGCACCUACCCCUAUGUGGACAAAUUCACCAUCAGCCUCCAGUGCGUGGACCUCAAACUGCUGCCCAACAGCAGGUGCGUGAAGUCCCACACCCAGAAGAUCACGCAGCACAUGCUGUGCGGAGGGAUCCUGAAGGGGGGCCCCUCCCUGUGCGGGGCCGACUCCAGGGGUCCUCUGAUCUGCGGCGGGGUGCUCCAAGGACUCGGGUCGUGGGACCCUUACCGGUGUGACACUUUCCGCGCAGCCGGCGUCUACACCAAGGUGAUAGACUAUGUGCCAUGGAUCAGGCAGACUAUAGCAGCCCACCCCUGA